UAGACAAUAAUUUGACAGAUUGCAAACCGCAAAGCCGGGAUUCGGAUAUCGUUUGUUUUCUGCAUUUAUUCUAAGUAUUGCCUAAAGUUACCUCAAAAUGGCAUACAAAGGUCCACCGAAAGUUCAAAAGGUGAUGGUCCAACCCAUCAACCUUAUCUUCAGAUACCUACAAAACAGAAGUAGAGUGCAAAUUUGGCUGUACGAGAACGUGAAUCUACGAAUCGAGGGACACAUCGUGGGAUUUGAUGAAUACAUGAACAUUGUAUUGGAUGAAGCGGAAGAGGUUCAUAUGAAGACCAAGAAUAGGAAGCAAAUUGGAAGAAUUAUGAUGAAAGGAGACAACAUUACGUUAAUUCAAAACGUGAAUCCGAACGCGUCAGUGUGAUAGGUUAUAAAGUUUAGCUCUAAGUUCAUUCCUCAAGGUAUAAGAAGACUCUCAAUUAUUAUUUUUAAAAGCGUUGCAACGCUUGUGAGUUCAAUGCACCAGUGUCUACCUUAUUAAAGUUAAGAGAUAUUGCCAACAA